AUGCUGUCUCUGGAGGCUGAAAAUAGCACCAAACUCCAAGCUGCUCGGUCGCUCCAGUCAACGCUAGAGAACACCCGACUGCAUCUUGUUGAUUGCCGAGACCAGUUUGACUCACAACAAAAUAAUCCUGAAAGUGAAUUUACGCAGAUAUUUGAAGGCCGGAAAGGGCUGACUGAUCCAGCGGUUGCUGGUGUGCAUGUCGCCUCCCAAAUUGUGAGCACAACGGUCUCCGUCUUAACGUUAGCAUAUGUAGUGCUCAUAGAUAUAUCAUUUCCGAAGUCGUUCUUGCGAAAACUUAAGGUUCAAUAUCUCGAGCAAAAGGCCAAGGACCAGUAUAUCAAGACUAUUGUCAGUGAUGAUGCACCGAAUAUCAAUGCAGAGGACAAUGAAAGGCUCCGGCUAGCCAACGAGCAGAAGAAGGAAGCGCUCAAACUUGCUAAGGCUCGAUUGAUCGAGAAGGAUGGCGAUAUACGGAAACUCGCGCCUUUAGUUGAACAGGAUUUUAACAAAGCGAGAACAUUGACGAAUGAGGCAGCAACCCUCGCUAGUAAAAUCUUAGAUGCUCGUCUGCAACUCACUCGCCUCCGACAGGCGUAUCCUCAUCCAAGGCUCACCAUCCCUGCGGCUAAUGCUCAGCUCGAUAUGCAAGUAGCAGAGAUGCAGAGGUUUGACGAUGAGCUGCAGAGUCUGAACGAAAGUGUGGACCAGGCGAAGGAUAAGGUCAAAGAAGGCGCCCGUGAGGUUGAGCGUCUGCGAGCCGAAAGAGCCGAAGUGGAGAAGCUUGCAAGGGCAGGGAAAGAUGAGGUCGAGGAUGGUAGAGUGGUAGGAUUGUAUGACUGGCUAACCGCGUCCCUCGCACUGCAUCGUGCGCUAUAUUCAUUGCAGUCGUUUCAUUCUGCCUCAGAAAAUGAACUACGUCUUACAUAUUUGGUACCGAAGUCGCCUAGCCCGAGUGUCCAGCCAAUGCAAAUACGAAUCAUAUUACUAUUCGUGCCAAACACACGGCAACUCGCGGACGCACAGAUAGAGGGACUUGCGGACGAUUGCGGAGACGUAGUCGGGGCGCAUGUACAAGCGAAUGAUGUCCCCGGUCUUAUCGCGGCCGUAUUAGCAAGAGCUAGAUCAGACCUUCAGUAG